AUGGUGAAUGCGGAGGAUUUCGAGACGCUUGAAGAACUGGAAACGCAUCUGAAGCAGGACCCCAGAAAGGAUUUGGACAGCAAACAUCUCAUCGACAUGCUGAAGGAAACCAAUGCAUGCAGCAACCAGAAGGUGAAGAGUCUCGGUAUCAUCUUGCAACAGAAGAUCGUUGAUGCAAUUGCUCGACGGUGUCCCCCGGACCUGGACACAGUCCUGCAGCUCUGUUCGGAUGAGCGAAGCUUGGCCGGAGAUGGAGCUCGCAGCAAGCUGAUUGACGUCUGCAGUCACCGAGACAGGCUGGAAAGGAUCCCGAAGCCAAACGAAGGCAGCGCGUGGUCUAAGUUCAACCCCAGCUUGGAAAGCAGCCUUGCCCCCUUUGUCCGUGGCAAGUGCCGUGCGCCACGCUUGGAAGCGGCCUAUGCUGGACGUAUCAUGCAGGGCCUGGAGCAGUGUGGAGUAUUCGAUAGCCCUCCCAAGACACACAGCAGCGACUUUGUGAAGAACAUGUUGACUGCUGCCCUGCAUUUUUCUGAGGACAUGUUUGCCUCAAUGCCUGCCUUGGUGCAGACCCUCAUCCUGGGUGUCAGCAAUCUGCCAACCGCUCGGGAGGACGGCGAGAUGUUGAAAACUUUGGUGAGGAAGAUGCUGCAGGUUGGAAAGGUGGCGGAGAAAGACGAUGCCCUGACAACAUGGACGUCACAGAUUGAGGAUGCAAUCCUGAAAGCUGCUGGCAGCGGCAUCUACGAGAUGCGCUGGAAUGAUGCGGAAUUGACCAUGGGUGGGAAGGACUUCAAACAACUGCAUACGAAAGUCAAGGACGCCUUGGGAGAGAGUUGGCUCUCGAUCAUUUUGGCCAGGAGCCGUCGCUUGUCCUGGCUCCCAGGGCAGCCAAUCCAGUUCCACCCUCCACGGCCCCGGGCCGUACUGCGGGACUUGGCCGAAAAGUACGGGGAAGUGUUGGGCCAGAGGCUGAAGAACGAGGCAGGGGCAAUCCUGGCGGUGUCCCAGGUGCUGGCACUGACCCCGGAAGCUCCAGCGCCGCGCAGCGCACCUCGAGGCGGCGCAGGCGAGGCACGCUCCAGGUCCAGGGAGCGCGAGCGCGAGGUGCCGAAGGCCAAGGCCAAAGCAAAGGCCAAGGCGGCGCCGCGGGCGGCCCUGACGGUGUUUGGCGGCACGGACGUCCCACUGGGGCAAGCGCUCGAGGGCGAAUAUUACAAGGAUGGCAUGAACCAUGGCAAGUUCAUCUUCAAAAAGAUCGGCGAAGAUCCCACGGGCUCGGUGGAUGCGGUCUUUCUCUACUAUUGGAAUGGCGAGGAUUGCAGGGAAGAUCUGGGAUGGUGGUUCGGUGACAAAGUUGGUGGCACUGAGGCCUUUAUGCACAACCCGAAUCUUGGAGCCGGCAGCCAGCCGCCCUUCAAUGGUUGGGACAAGGGUGUGAAGAUCCAGCCUGCUGCCUUCGGUCUAGGCGCCGUCAAGGGCAAAGGCCGCGCCAAGCCCUCCGCUGCGCGCGGGCCUCCUGGACCUGUGCCACCAGCCAAGAGGCCUCGAGAAGAAGAGGAACGCCAUGUACGCCUGAAGCAAUGGCUCACUGGGCUGGAUGAAGGCAAAGGUGAUAUGCUGGCCUACUACGAGGCACUGAAGGAGGAAUUCGAUGGCGACCUCACCCAGAUCGCCGCGGCGCGGAUCGAAAACAAUCCCAGGGCAUCGCCGGUGGAGCAAGUGGAGCCGACCUUCUGGGAGGCCAUCAAGUGCACCAAAGGUCGGCACGAAUCGACGCAGUCACUCCAGUCGCGUCGCCUGAGGGCGAGUUUCACCGAGCAUCGACGUCAACGUGAGGUUGGUCGGCCGCGCGCCAGCCACCAGCAUAAAAGUGACGCAUGUGAGGCCUACGGCUGUGUCUUCCCAAUAAAAAAGCGGAAAAUUAUGAUAAACCACUGA